UCCAGCUUUCUUACUAGUUGUGAUACUAAUAAGUAAAUAUCUCAAGAGAAUAGUUCCUUAUGCAAAAGGUCGAGGAGAAGUAGGUUAUCCAAAAUUGAGUUAUUCAGUAUGGAGACAUAUAGCGUGUAACAAGCUUCAGCUUACAGAAGAUUUAGCAUGGCUCUACUUUGAACAGUAUAACUUGGUACAUUUGAAGAAAGCUCCAGAACGUAUAGAGCUGGACAAGAUGUUGACGUUAGGAGAUAAUGGAGAAUUAACAGAUUUGACUCGGAAAGCACAAUCUGUUUAUUUACUUCGAUUUGUUCUGUUGUUGUUUUUACAACACAUUCACAAAGUUAACCUCUGUACAUCAUCUACCUCCAGUUUGUGGGAAGAAUGGCCUGUGGAAACAAAGAGGGAUUUAUCACCAAUAAUGAGCGAAGAACGGAAACAACUGAACUUUGUUUGGUCCAGGUUGGAGGAAAUGAUUGAAAUAUUACAAGACAACUGUGAUGACAUUGGAGUGGAAGAAGAAGUGGUUGAGGCACUAGGAUUGGUGAUUGAAGGCUCCUCUGGUUUUGAUAAUAGAUCUGUGCUACCACUGAAAGAGUUGACUUCUCAGAAUGCAAACCAUGCAGCUACGGGAUAUUUAAAGGCAACCCAGUCAUACUGCUUCAAGAAAUUAACCAACUGGAUAAAAGUCCAUCUUGGAUCCAAUCCAUUUGGAGUACAGUUUUGUCUAACACAAGGAUGCAGUUUGUCGUGGCCAGGUCAAGAAAAAAGAGCUCAGGAAGAUAAGGCUACUCCUCCCAGAACAAGUUUUAUGGCCACCAAUAUUCACUUAAAUGUGCGAACUAAAAAAUUGGUAGUACUAUCACAGAUUUGCAAACAGACAUUAGCACGGAAUUCCAAAACUUUGCAUGGAUCAACACUAAAACUACACCGAUGUCACUAUUGUUACCUUUAUCUGUUUCCUCCUUUCAGAGCUGUCACCGUUAAUAGCUGUAAAGGUACAACUCUGGUACUUGGACCAGUUGCCACAACUCUCCAUGUUACUAACUCAAAAAACUUGACUGUCAUAGCUGUAGCCAGGAGAAUAUGUGUGAGCAAUUCUAGUAACAUUAAGUUGUUCAUCCUCACCCCAACUCGACCUUUGAUCCUGGGCGUAAAACAUCAAGGUGUAUGGCUGGCACCUUACAAUACCCACUACCCUCUGUUAGAACAACAAAUGUUAGAAGCUGGUAUAGGAUCCCACUGUAAUAGAUGGUCUGAGCCCCUCUUUCUUGUACAUGAGAUGAAGGAAGAAAGCUCGGUAACAAAGUUACUUCUUCCUCCAUCAGAAUUUUAUCUCUUCACCGUACCUUUUGAAAUGGAUGGACCAACCAAGAGUAUUCCUGGUGGUAUUCCUCCCCACUAUGAGGAGGUACGAAAAAGCCGAGAAGAUACACUAAAGGAUUGGCAAGCUAAAGUUCAGAAUGCCUCACUCACUGCGGAACAGCAACAACAGCUGCAAGCGCUAGUCCAAGAGAAGUUUCAGGUUUGGUUAUCUGCAACUGGCCACCAGAGGGAGUUAGAAAGUCUAGGGCACUACAUGAAACACUGUCAGGGCAGAAAGAAAGAGAAGAAGAGAAGAAAGGAGAACAGCACAGCAGAAGCUCCACUUUUAUAAUCAAACUGGUCAGAUUUGUGCUACUUGGGUUCCAGCUAACACUUGGACCAGAGAAGGUGGAAGGUUUCAAUAUGCAUCUUAUGUACUCAGGAUACGACCAUCCAAAAAUACACGCAUUUGUAUAACUUUUAAAAAUAAGAAAAUUUGUUUUUAUUCUGUGGUAAACAAAUGUUUGUCUCAUGGAGAUUUUGUUUUCCAAAAUAAAUAUAUAUAUCUCUUCACUUUACUUUUUUUAUUUGCUUAUUAAUGUUGUGCUCAGGGUUGAAAAAUUGUAUAAAAACUUUAAAAAAAGAAGAGAAUUUCAGAGCAUAUUUUUGUGACAUCUAUUCCAUUUAUAUGAAAGAUCACUCAGGGAUGUAAACUAGCAAUAAUAUCUAAUAAUUUGAAGUAUUUGACCCCUUAAAUAGGGUUAUUGAAACAGAUUUUGUAUUUACAUUUUCAUUUCUUUUGUAUGAAAUCUUUGCUGUUUAAUGCUGCAGUUAAUUUUAAUGGGAUUAAUUGGAAAUGUUUGACUUUAACCUGAAAUUAUUGGACUGUUUCCCAUUUUGUUAUGAUUCAGAAAAUAAAUAACCUGUUUUUUAA